AGCCCUUCUGCUGCUCCAGAACCCCAAAAGGGAGAUUCAGAAGAUCCUGCAGUUUGUGGGGCGUUCCCUGCCAGAGGAGACCGUAGAUCACAUUGUCCAUCACACAUCUUUCAAGGAGAUGAAGAAGAAUCACAUGGCGAACUACAGCACUAUCCCCCGAGACGUCAUGGACCACAACGUUUCCGCCUUCAUGAGGAAAGGCGUCGCAGGGGACUGGAAAACCACCUUCACUGUGGCCCAGAACGAGCGCUUUGACAACGACUAUGCUGAGAAGAUGGCAGGCUGCAACCUCAGCUUCCGCUCAGAGGUGUGAGAGGUGUUCAUCGGACAUCACUGCAAAGGGAGUGGUGUGAAAGGAGCCCAAUCCUGGCCUCGAGAAUAAAAUACGAUUUGUGUCACAC